AUGACAAAGAGCACCAGCAGGAAGAGUGUGCCAGCGUCGCAGGACGCGUUAGAUGCCUUUGUGAUCUCACAAUUGCUGGAUAAUGGCAUGGACAUGAUUGCGAAUAAAAUUAACGUCUUGCAUGAAAAGUUGUUGCGAUGUGGAAGUGCCGAGGGUGAUGAGGCGACCAAAAAGAAGUGGGCACGUCAGCUUCAGCAUUGGUUAGCUCUCGCUUGCCGUCUACUAGCAAAGCAGCGACGGCAAUUGACUUCCUGCAUUGAGCGUGUAGAAAGAGACUACAGCCGUGGAAUAAUUGGGCUGGGAAUAGCCAAGCAAAAGGAGGCAGAAGUGAAGGAAGAAGUUAAUCUUUACAUUCGAACUUACACUCGUCCUAGAGUAGGGAGCUCCUCGAUGGCUGCAGCAGCAAGUGAAAGUAAUGGCUACGUUGGCAUUAUGGUGCCGAGAAAAGAAGAUGUGCUUGCUGUAGGGUGCCAUGUUGCUGCUAAAGUGGCUCGGAGUCAUGAACUGUGGAUUAUGGCACGUGUUGUGGAGUUUAACGCUGACUCGAACACAUAUGAGGUGGAAGACGUCGACUCUGGUGACGAUGACGACGAUGCAGAUGCAGCAAGAAGACAUUACAUUGUGCCGUGGCAGCAGGUGGUGGAACUACCAGGUGACUCGCUUUCUGAAGGAGAGUGGAUUCAUUAUGCAGUGAACGAACGCGUCAUGGCCAUGUAUCCCAACACAACCAGUUUCUUUCGCAGCACCAUUCGUGUGCCAAAUCCGAGGGGCGCUCCAUAUGUAAUCCUUAAAUUUGAUGAGGACGAAGAUGAGCAUGGUUAUGUGCCCGACCGGAAAGUACCUUUUCGUUUCGUGGCCCCGCUCAAACCGUGGCAUCAGAAAUGA